AUGGUUGACCGAGAGAAGAGUAACAUCUCUGACGUUUGGGCCCUCGGCUGUUGUGUAUUUGAAAUGGCAACCUUGAAACAUGCCUUUAAUGCCAAGGAUAUGAACUCCUUAGUUUUCAAGAUUAUUGAAGGAAAGCUUCCACCUAUACCAAAGGAAUACAGUGAACAGCUGGGAGUGCUGAUACAUAGCAUGUUGAGCAGAAGGCCUGAGGAACGACCAGAUGUCAAAGCUGUUCUCAGGAAGUCAUACAUCAAGAGUCAUAUUGCUUUGUUCUUGGAAGCCACAAAAGUGAGAGCUAUGAAAACACGUAAGAAAACCUCAUUAGAAUCUAAACCCAUUAAUUCCUCCACUGUGAUAUUGAAGCGCAAUUCAGCGUGUGAAUCUGAGGUCCCUUUGAACAUGGAUCCAACCAAGAAAUAUAUCAAGGAAGAAAAAACAUCUCAGAAAAGCAAGCCAAAUGAUAAGACCUGUGGCAAUCAAGAAGAAGAAAUGUAUUCAGAUGUCUCUUGCCAGGCUUUGAAUAGUACUACAAACUCGGUAGCUUCAGUAAGCAAGUUGGAUAUUAAUAUUGUUCAUGGAAUUGAAGGAAAGAAUUCUAAUUCUGAUGGUACAGUUGUGGAUGAACCUUUACCCAACAUAAGAGGCUGCCUUAAUGAAGGAGCCAAAAUACCUGCCAGCAGUACUGAGGCUGAUAAUACUGAACUACAUAAUGGUGUAAUGCUGAAAGAAAAACCUGAAAACUCUGAUAACCAAACCUUAUCUGAACUCUCUGAUGGAAAGGAUGACACUAUUGAACUGAUUCAGCCUGCCUUUAGGGAAGAACAGUCAUCUGAGGUGCAGGAGAUUUUUGACUCUACAGAAAAACUGCUGCAACCAUUUGUGCCAGUUAGCGUAACGGAGGACCCUUCAGAGAAGGUUGCAAAACAACCAGUAAGGGAUCCAGCGCCUUACCUGCCACAUUGUUCUUCAUCUGAGCCCUCAAUCUCAUGGCGGUGUAGAGAGAAGAGCGACGAAAAAGCAAGGAAGACUGAGAAGGUCAAAGCAUCAGCUCCUAGACAACUGCCUUCUAUACCACACGAUGAACCUAAAGUUCACAUAAAGAAACUGCAGAAUAAUCUCGAUAAAAUUGCUAGUGAAAUCAGUAUAUCAACGGCCAACUCAAAGAAUAAUGAAAUUGGAGCCUCACAGGAUCGCCCAUUAUCUGCCAGAGAACGAAGGAGAUUAAAACAGUCUAAGGAGAACUUUCCUCAUUCAGUUUCCACUUCAAGAAGGAGUUCACAUUGUGGAGCUUUAGAAGCAAACUCUUACGCAGAGAAUCAAAAGGUGAAAGUCAGCCAAUCCUUAUCAGAUAUCACUACCAAUCAUGGAAAGGUCAUGAGUGAGUCAUCCCCUCGCCUUUCAGAUGAUGAUGAAUAUAGCUCCUCAACCAGCUCAACUGAUAAAUCAGAGGGGGACUGCAAAGAAGUCAAAGCUGAUUCUAAUGAAAUGCAUGAUCUGGUAAAAUUGAUGACUCGAACAUUAAGCAUGGAUUCAAAAGAUGUGUAUAGAGAAAAUCUAAUGCCUGCUCCAAAACCAGAAUUCAGAUUACAGCGGAGGUAUAGAGAUACACUGAUUCUUCACGGGAAAGCUAAGGAAGAUCUGGAGGAUUUUUGCUUCAAUGAUUUUCCAACUGAAGUUUUAUCUGUACCAGAGAAGAUCAGAAGAACAAUUCACGCUCUAAGAACAGAUGUUGUAAAAGGAUUGGGAGUAAAACUUUUGGAAAAAGUAUAUAACAUUAUGGAAGAUGCUGAUGAAAACAGGAGGGAGGAAUGUCUGCAGGAGCACAUGGGUGAAGAAUUGUAUCAGAAUUACAGUAUGAAGGUCCAACAACUAAAGUUCUUUGAAGAUCAUUCAAAUUUUUGACUCCAUGAAUUUGCCCAAACACCACAGGGUAUACUUUAAGGGAACAUUUUACAAGAAAUUCCACAGGAGCAGUCCCGGUUUUUCAGCUGUUAUCUGCUGAGUGGCAAGUUACCUGUUUUAUUGUCCUGUCAUUUUCUAACUUUCUCACCUGAAUUUCUACUGCAAGACAGUUUCAGCCUACUAUUUAUUACCUCACAGUUGUCAGUACUUGGUAGAUUUAGGCAAUGAACAGUCAAAAAGUCCUCAAAUAAAAUACACAUUCAUUUUCAUAAUUAUGACUGCCAAUUCUAAAUAAUUUUCUUUUUCCAGCCCAGAGGGCCAAAGCCAUUUUGGUGGCUUUUUGACACUGUCCAACUGAGAUGAAAUAUCUAUUAUUGACCAGAUUAAACCUUGUACACUUUUAUCUAUAUAGUUCAGGGGUGGCCGAGUAGUACUUGGAUUAGUAAUCCACAGGUCCAGGUUAAUGCAUUUGAGGACAUUAGUUCAACUCCCACUGCAGCACCUGGUGGAACUUGAGUUAAUUAAUGCACCUAAAAUGUAAUGCUUUAAUAGUGCUUUUCAAGGAACUGAAUCUGCUGUCCUUACCUGCUCUGGCUAUGUGUGACCCCAGACCCAGCACAAUGUGGUUAAAUCUUUAAUACCGUCUGAAAUGGACUAGUAAGCCACUUAGUUCAAGGGUAAUUAGAACCUGGGAACAAAUGCUGACCUUACCAGUAACACACACAUCCCACAAUAGAAUAAAAAUGCCAUACUAAGCAAUAUAUUUUCACAAUCUAUAAGUUAGCAUUCUAACAAGAGUAUAAUUUCAAGUUCUGUGCAAACAAGAGCAGAAUAUCCAUUGUGUAUCUGAAAAUGUUGAUCAUGUGAAUAAAUGAGAACAAUACACUACGCAUUUAAGAAUUUAGAAGAAUAGUGUGGACAAGAAAAGAAGGCAUGACAAUAUAAAUACGCAUAUCAGUUCAAACAUUGAUCAAAUCAGACUUAUUCCUACUUGCAAUGAGAAAGGAAACAAGUGAGUAAAAGUUCAUAUCAAGAACUUCCCAUAUGCAGGAUUUACCUGGUAUAAGGAUUUGUUCUGUUCCUGCCAUCCAGUGGCUUGUGCUUGAAGUAAUUUCCCCCCAGUAACCGUUUCACCCUCUAACCAGACCAAUAUUAUACCUAAAAAGAUAAUGUGAUCUAUGUAUGGUCUGCAUUGAAGCACAGCUUUCAGACAAACUGAAAAUAUCGAAAUUUUCAAUUGGGUUUAUUGUAUUGUUUCUGUCACUGUACUUUCUCCAGAUAUGUUCAUAGUAGUGAAUGUAGGAUUUGUGAACUUGUAAAGUUGUAUUGCAAUAUUUGCUGUAAAAUUAAAAAUAAUGUACAGUUUCCAAAUUAAACUAGGUAGUAGUUUUACCUAAGUUUUCUACAUGUUAUGACAAUGCAUACCUCCUGAAGUUUAUCUAAUUGAUUUUACUGUUAUAGUUCAGUCACUUAGAAUAAUGUAUCUUUCAAGCACAGAACUCCAGACUAGAAAAGAUUUGAUUCAAGUUUCAAUUUUACCUAACUUCACCCUCUGCCUGUAAAUUUGCCUCUCCCACAGACGUUAAGAGUUGGGGCAAAAGAAGUUGGAAAAUGUUUUUCAACAUGGGCGACAUAAAGUGUUACUAUCUGUUCAUGUUCAAACUGGAUAGGUUUAUUAUUCCAUUUUCAAAUAUCAUUGAAGUUAUUAUAACUUUUGUAUCUCACUGUAAUCAUAUAAUGUUUGUGUGCUUUGAAACAUUGACAUAUCACUAAGGUUUUAGAGUAGAUUUGUAGCUCGGGUUGUGGAUGUCGUGGUUGGUUGGCUCGCUGAGCUGGUGUGUUGUUUUUCCGCAGACGUUUCAUUACCCUGCUGGGUAACAUCAUGAAUUUACCCAACAGGGUAAUGAAAUGUCUGCGGAAAAGCAACGAACCAGCUCGGCGAGCCGACCAACCACAACAUUGACAUAUCAUUUUUUAUACAGUAACAAUUCAUACAGCUCCCACUGAUUACAUUGUUUGAGAGUCAGUUAUUAAUUUGAAUCAAGUUAAACUGAAUCUAAUGAAUUUAGUUAAAUUAAGUCAGUUUGUACAAAUGAAUUUUCUUUAUUGUUUGUAAUAAAUAUUUGUACUUUUGAACACAAA